ACGAAUUAAUAUUCAUUAGUUGGCUUGUGUGUAGUAAGCAACCAAGAGCAGUGUUACAUGGAGAACAGCGAGCUGAAGACCCUACAAAAAGCGCAUGAAGAGUUUAACAGUAAGAAUUAUAAACGAGCAGAGGAAUUAUACACACAAUUCAUCGAGUCCUGUACCAAAUCCAGAGACUGUAAUGGUCAAGAUUUGGCCAUCGCAUAUAAUAAUCGAGGACAGGUGAAGUAUCUCCGGGUGGAUUUCUAUGACGCCAUGGAUGAUUACACCUCUGCCAUUGACAUCAACAGGCAGUUUGACGUGCCACUCUAUAACAGAGGAUUGAUACGUUACAGAUUGGGCUUUUUCAAGGAGGCUGAAGGUGACUUUCGGAGAGUCCUGGAACUGAAUCCUGAUUUUAAAGAUGCCAAAGAAAGUUUGAAUCAGACGCUUCUUGACAGAGAAGAAAAGAUGAAGAGAGGCUACUGAGAGCUAGUCUCUGAAUUUUGACUGUUGCUUGAACCUAUGAAUGAACCAAAUCUAUGAGCAUGUGAUUUUGUAUUUGUGAAUUUAAAUAGCAUUCACGCAUCUCUAAAACCUGCAGGUUUCAAUUCUCUUCGGGUUAAAAUGCAUGAGUGUGCAUUUCAGCUUUGAUUAAUUGUUGAUUUCAAAGGGUAUGUUGACAUGAUGACAAUGUAUAAAAACAUGGAAAAACUUUUCCUUGCAUUAUUUUAAUUUAAUGUACUGAAACAACAGUGUUAAAGUGAUUGCUGUUUAUAUGGACUCAUGAACAUGAAUAAAAAUGUUUUAUUAUUAUUAUUA